UGAGUGAUGGAUUGACACUUGCUAACAUGUGCAUUGCUCCCAUCACCUUGGAAAUUCUUCUAUGCGUGCUUGUGCUGUGGAUAUGGACUUUGUUCUAGCAUCAGACGGCGUCGCUCAUGCACAGCUCUAGAGAAAAGUUAUUGGAAAGUUUUUCGACACAUAAGAUGGAAGGAGUCUUACGAGCAGAUUUCUCGAGUUGAUCCAUAUUCUUUGUUUCAUUCUUUCCACGGAAGUUGCUACGUCUGAGGACGAAUUGCAUCAAUUAUGUCUGGCAUCAUGUCGACCACUUUCGUUAUUUUCUUUCUCUCACUAUUCUUUGAUCAUGUCUACUCCUUGGGUGCUACCGACACAAUUACCUGGGGUGGUGACAAUUCCAGGACUGGAUAUCAAACUAAUCAUAAUAUGGACCCUGCCAUCGUCGGAAGUUCCCAAUUCGGACAAUUGUUUAAGACAGCCCUUCCUGGGAAAUACGGUGGUGCUGCCGAGCAGGUCUUUUCUCAGCCUCUCGUUUACACAACGCCAUCCGACGGCAUUCAAUAUGUUUACCUCGCUACUACACAGAAUAAUUUGUACAAAAUUAAUGCUAAAACCGGAGCUAUUGUCCUGUCUAGAAAUCUAGCUAUUCCAUUCUUGACUUCAGAUCUGAAUGGGUGUGUUGAUAUCAAUCCUCAUGUUGGUGUUACGGCUACUGGAGUCAUCGAUCCUGACACGGAUACUCUCUACCUCACCUCGAAAACGUACUCUGAUCAGAGGCAGAUCAACGUCGCCCAAGGCAAACCAAGUGGAAGAUACUUUCUUCAUGCCAUCAAUGUCAACGAUCUUAGCGAACGUCCGAACUUUCCUGUCAAUCUCGAAGGUGUCGUUGCCAGAAACAACCCAAUUCGAAGCUUCAAUGGCGGUAUUCAUCACCAGCGUCCAGCUCUCUUGCAUACAGGUCGAUACAUCUAUGCUGGUUUCGCUUCUCACUGCGUUCAAUACAAUUUCACCGGAUGGAUAAUGGGUUGGGACAAGACCACUGGCGCUCAAGUAGAGCGAUGGGCCACCGAAGGAGGUGGUGUUCCGAAUACGACUCCUGGAGCAGGUGUGUGGAUGAGCGGAGGAGGUCUUGCUUCUGAUGAUGCUGGAUCGUUGUUCUUUGCUUCAGGAAAUGGAUAUGCGUCUCAACUGAGUACCAUUCCAGUCAACGGUCGCAAUCCUCCAACCUCACUUGAAGAAGCUGCUGUUCACAUGACGAUCAACGACGAUGGUAGUCUCACGAUAGUCGACUUCUUCAUGCCUUGGGAAAAGACACAACUGGACGGUGCUGAUCGUGAUCUUGGUACCAGUCCUUUGGAAUUGCUUCCUAAAGAAUUCUCUUGUGGAGAUAUUCAGAGAAUCGGUGUAGUCACUGGCAAAAGUGGGAAAACUUACUGGUUGAACCUUGAUGAUUUGGGAGGAUACCAGAAUGGACCCAACAAGCUGGACGAUAUCAUCCAAGUCUAUCAAAACGAGAACUCGGUGUACGCUGGAGCUGGAGUGUAUCCUCUCGAGGGCGGGUACAUCUAUAUCAACGUUAUUCAAUACCCUACCCACGUUUUCAAGUUCUCUUGCACCAACGGAGUUCCUUCUUUCACCAAAGUUGCCGACUCCCCGACCAAGAAUGCCUACGUUCUCGGCGUAGGACAUGGGACGACCACUUCUCUCAAUGGUCAGCCCGGGACUGGACUGGUGUGGACUAGCGAUGUCGAUGGUCAGAACCUUCGAGUGUACAAUGCUGUUCCUGUCAACGGUCUUAUGGUCCAGAUCGCUGGAUUCAACAUUCCUGGUACCACAAAGUUCACUCGGCCAGUCUUUGGCGAUGGUCGUGUGUACAUGGGCACUACUCAAGGAUAUUUCUAUGGGUUCGGCUCUCCAGUUAACCUCCCACUCAACUGCACAUCGCCAGUCGACUUCGGUACUUCCAACCUCAAUGCGGCAACUACACUGAAGACAAUCACAUGUAAAGCAAAUAUUGGCGUCACUGUCACCAACUUUAACCUUACUGGAAAUGCUAAUUUCAAUAUCACGAACGUGCCCACAACCCCUCUUAAUGUUGCAGCCGGUGGCACAUUUAGCUUCCAAGCUUACUUCAACCCCGGCACCGUUGGACCACUUUCAUCCGAUAUCGUUCUCACAACGACAAACAACGUGGCUGGCUAUAGCACGAGUAUUCCAAUCACUCUUCGUGGCACUGGACAAAGUGUCAGUGCUUUGCUUCAAGUCAGCCCUGUCACCUUAGCUUUCCAGGGCGUCAUCACUGGUGCUCAAGUCGGUGGUGUUAAUCAGUCCGUGCUUUUCAACAACCUGGGCAAUGCGCCAUUAACGAUCUCGGACAUCAAAUAUUCGGUCGUCAGUGAGACAGGCCCAUUCGUGACAGCGAACAUGACUGCUGCGGGACCAAAAGCUGGCGCGUUCACAUUCAUUGGAUUGCCUACUACAAUUCCUGGGAAUACUGGCGUCACUGUCAGGGUCAACUUUGAUACAUCAACCAGUGGCAAUUUUGGAACAUAUCUCAAUGUUGUUUCGAAUGGCGGGACUAAAGUGUUUGAUGUUGUGGGUACUUCGGGGUCCGCUCCUAGCGCUUUACUUGAAUUCCAGACUCCAGAUGGAACGGGAUGGGUUCAAUACAAGCCUGGGCAAAAUUUCACAUUCGGCAAUGUGACCGAGAAUACUACCCGCUCUCUGAAAAUGCGCUUGACGAACAAUGCCACCUCGGACAGUGCCAGACUCUCUUUGACUGUCUCCAAGCCUCCAUUCGGUGUUUCCGGAAUCAUCGGAGCGAAUAACCAAGUCGAUCUCGCAGAAGGAACAACUCUUGCUCCCGGGGAGAACGCAACAGCAACCCUUUACUGCUCGGUCCCCAAAACACAAUGGAACACUCAACCAUAUUCCGGAACAGCUCAAUGGACCAUGAAUGUCGACGAUCCAAACUUCGGCAAGCAGUUUAUUCAAUUCUCCUGCAAUGCUGUUGCAGAGCAAGCCGCUCCUCUUCUGACGAAUGGUCUUGGAAAAUAUCAAUACACUGGUUGCUUUAAGGAGAAUAAUCCAGGCCGUCAACUCAAGACUCAGAUCUAUGGAGAUGCCGCGAACACCAUUGCGAAAUGUAUCGCUGCUUGUGCUGCUGGAAACUACGAUUUCUGUGGCACGCAAUACAACAGAGAAUGCUGGGGAGGUCCAACGAUUCCUGUUCAACAAGUUUCGGAGCUCGAUUGCAACUACCCAUGUUCUGGGGACAUCAACCAAAUCUGUGGUGGCAAUGGUGUGGGGUCUGAUGCUGUUGGAUCAUACAUUUCUCUGUUCGCUGAUUCAACUCGCUUUAGUGGCAACGUUACGAGCACGACACCCAGCGGACCAUUCGUCAAUCCAGGCGUAGAUGGUUACACCAGUAUGGGAUGCUACAAAGAAGCCACAACAGGUAGAGCACUGACCCAGGAGUUCGAUCUUGCUACUCCGACUGUGAAGAACUGUGUCGAUACAUGUUCAGGCAAAGGGUUUACCUACGCCGGUCUUGAAUAUGGUGGAGAGUGCUGGUGUGGAAACACCUUGGCAGCUUCUUCUGUUUCUGCUGCUGCAUCGUCUUGCAGUAUGCCAUGCAAUGGAAAUGGAACAGAAUACUGUGGUGCAGGUGGUUAUCUUAAUUUAUAUAUGAAGGGAGCUGGAAGCACCUCCAGCUCUUCGAGUAUUUUGAGUUCCUCUUCACAGACGUCGACAGGGACAACGAGCCUCACAUCAAGCCUCCCAUCAAGCCUCACACCAAGCCUGACAUUAACCGGGACGAGCUCAAGCGGAACAGUCACUGGGACGUCAUCAUCAAGCACACCGACAGCAACAGGUCCAGCAAUCAAGCAAAAUGUUGGAAGCUACGCCUACAAAGGUUGUUGGACCGAAGCGACGACCGGACGUGCAUUAGGAAGUUUAACCUACGCGAACGACGCCAUGACUCUCGAAUCAUGCGCAGCGUUCUGCUCAAAAUAUACAAUGUUCGGGGUCGAAUAUGGUCGAGAAUGCUACUGUGGCAAUACCCUUGCAGCAGGAAGUGUUGCAGCAACGAAUCAAGCUGAUUGUAGCUUCAAAUGCCCAGGCGAUGCAACCGAGUAUUGUGGAGCUGGAAACAGACUUCAACUCUAUACUCUAGCCUCGCCAUUGUCGUCAUCGUCUUUUACCAGCAUUUCGAGUAUUUCGAGCGUCUCCUCGAGUCUCAGUUCUUCACAAUCGACGUCCCCACAACUAAUCUCGUCUCUGAGCAGCUCAGUUCCUAGCAGCUCGAUCUCUAGUAGCUCAGUCUCCAGCUCCGUCGUCAUUAGCUCCCUUUCCAGCUCAGUGAGCAGCACGUCUUCCUCAUCGUCAGCAGGUCCCACCCAGACUCUCGCCCUAAAGCCGACAGUUGGAGCAUAUACUCGCAUGGGCUGUUACACAGAAGGAACCAAUGCUCGAGCCUUAACCGGUGCCGCAAUCUAUGAUUACAAGGGGAUGACGCUCGAAUCUUGCGCGGGUAACUGCACAGCGUUCCAAUACUGGGGCGUUGAGUACGGUGGCGAAUGCUACUGUGGUAACUCUCUCGGCACGGGAUCGGUCCUUGCUACCAAGCAGACCGAUUGCUCGUUUACUUGUCCUGGAAAUAAGUUCGAGUACUGUGGUGCGGGUAAUAGAUUGGAGAUGUACAAACUUACUGCUGCUCAGUCCAGUAUUAGCUCUGUUAUCUCCAGCACAUCUUCAGUCUUAUCGUCUCAGAGUUCCAGUCAAAGCCAGACUUCAAGCCAAACUCAGACUUCCAGCGGAAGCAUAACGGCACAAUCCAGCGUUACCAGCACACCCUUGUCGUCCCAGCAAAGCAGCAGCAGCUCAAGCGUCCCACCAACGACAUCCUCGUCACAAUCAUCCACACAAAGCACCUCCUCAAGCACCCUCACACUCUCCUCAUCCUCAUCCGCAUCAUCACAACCCGCAACCUACACCGGCCCACCCGUCACCUCCAACGGAAACACCAACUUCACCUACUACUCCUGCGUCUCGGAGCCCUCCUCCGGCCGUCUCUUGUCCUCCCAAGACGAAAACAACGGCACCUCAAUGACGAUCUCCAAAUGUCUGUCCGACUGCUCCCAAUACAAAUACGCGGGCGUGGAAUACGGCCGCGAAUGUUGGUGUGGCAACACGCUGGAUUUUGCGGGUAAUAGUGGGGCGACCCCGGGGAAGAAUGUUACGGAUAAGGAGUGUAAUUAUGUUUGUCCGGGCAAUUCGUCGGAGUUUUGUGGCGCAGCGAGUAAGUUGAGUUUGUUUUAUUUUGAUUUUAGGAAGGUAGCGAGGGAUGGGGGAGUGUAAGGGGUAGGACUGUGGAUAGAUUUGAGCGAACUGUAAUGGUCAACUAUGUAAAUAGGGGUUUCUGUGUAACCCUAUGUAUUGUGUAUGAGGGUCUUGUUUGAAUAUAGCACAUGCACAGUGCAGUUGAAGAAAAAACCGAGAAGCUACAGUGGGACUCAACCAAAUGGUCAGCCAGAAUGAGGUAGAAGUGAGACUGUUGAUCAGAGAAAAAAGUUAGGAUUCCAGGAAUAGAUAACGCUAUCUGCAGACAUAUCAAGUUCACAUCGUUUCGCAUGCUCUCUUCCGGGCCAAACCGAAGGUCGAGCUUGAAGCGUUGAAUGAACUUAACAGUGUGUCCCCAUUAUCAGGUUGAGCAGAAGCUGUAAGAUCAGUCUCUUCGUUCUUCUUAACCUCCUGACUUUGGUCCUGGUCCUUGGGUUUGUCAAAGCCAACUCUCUGCACUCUUUCGAUUCUUUCACGACCUGGGUUUAUCGGAUGCGCUUUCCCAUCUUCAUUUGU